UCGAAGCAAAAUCGUCUGCCAUUAGACUCAGGUUAUUCAGAAGUUUUCGAACAGGCGUUAAGUGCACACAAAAACGAAACGAGUAAAAAGGAAAAAAAACCUUUUUUUUUUUUUUAAUAAGAAAAAAUAUCUUCCUAUUUUGUGAGAUCUAAGUGUCAAAAUUAUCAAAAUCAUAUAAAAAAAAGUUUUGAAAUAAAUUUUUUUAUUUUGUUAUAAAGAAGAAAAGGAAUUUAGUGCAUAACUCGAUAGGGAGAAAUUUUGAAAUUAAACGAAAAUGGUUUACGAAAGUGGAUUUAGUACCCGUAGAACCUACUCUACCAGGCCUGUUGUUACAUCGUACUCUGUAACGUAUCCUGUUGUAACAAAGGUCUCACGUGUAUAUAAAACAAGUUAUCCUAUCUACUCGACCACUUCUUAUACUCGUGGAAGUCGUGUGAUCGCAUCGCCUGUUCGAAUUGUGACUUCCCCAGCUCGAGUUUAUACACGUGUUGUACGCAGUCCGUCACCAGUGCGCGUGGUACGCACAACUCGUGUUGUCACAACGCCGGAUCGUUAUAGUUCUUCGUACACUUACACCUCACCAACGUUAUAUUCUUACGCUUCUCCUUAUAUACCACCAAGUUAUGUCUCAUCAUAUGUGCCAUCAACUUAUGUUUCGUCUUAUACACCAUCCUCCUAUGUGUACACGACUACCAAUACACCAUCCUAUUACUACACGCCCAUCUCACGCCUGUAUACACGUUCGGUCACUCCAGUUAGAGUAACAACUUCACCGGCUCGCAUUACACCUUCAUAUUUGAAGAGAAAUUUGCCACUUUUUGGUUCGCGGGCCAUAAGCAGUUAUCUAGGCACUGAACCCUAUACUGUCUUCCACGAUGAAGCUAAUCGUAUACGCUAUAAAGCUCAAUCAUUGGCGCGUGAUGUACAUACACCGGUUACACGCUAUUCACGCAGCACUACACCUUUCCCAGUCAUCGGCUAUGAACCUACAUCUAAGUUAGCUCUUGAUGCCUAUGUUUCUCGUAUAACAAAUCCUGUACGUCAUGUUGCUAAAGAAGUGCAUAAGAUGUCCAUGUAUCCAGAGCCAGCUCGCAAAUAUGUCGGUAAAAGCCAUCUAGCAUCCGUAAGGAUAUGCGGAAAUAGAUCUUAUGAUCUAAGAAGGCCCAUGUUUGACUCGGAUAGGUUACGUAAUGAUAUUAAUCUCCUAUCCUGGUACUUGCGACACCCCACAGUUAAAAGUGAGAAAAAAGUAGAAGUAGAUGAAAAAGUGGAGAGUGUCGAUACAGAUCCUGAUUUGGAUCCUUAUCGUCCUUCACGGAAAUUUUCUGCGCCACGACCUCUGGAGGAACCCGAAGAAGAUGAGGAAAUGAAAGAGAAACAACGUUUACGUCAAGAACGUUUAAUGACUUUAAACGAAGAAGUCUUGGACGUAGUCGAAUUGGAGAAAAAGAAGGCACAACGUUUGGAUGAAAAGAAACGUCGCGAGCAAAAAGCCUUGGAGGAAGAAGCUAAACGCAAGGCGGGAGAAGUUGCGGAAAAGAAACGAGCCGAAGCGGAACGCAAAGCCAAAGAAGCCAAACUAGCCGAAGAGUCUGCUCGUUUAGCCGAGGAAGAAGAAAAGAAGCGCGUAGCUGAGCUUGAAAGGCAAGCCGAACAAGACCUCAGAGCAGCCAAGGAAGCCGAGAAAAAAGCUAAAGAGGAAGAGGCGAAACGUAAAGCUGAGGAAGCGGAGGAGGCCAAAAAAGCCGAAGAAGCUAAGCUGCGUGAGGAAGCCAAAAAGGCUGAAGAAGCCAGACUGGCUGAGGAAGCAAGGUUAGUCGCAGAAGCCAAGGCAGCUGAGGAAGCGACACGCAAAGCCGAAGAAGCCGCUCGCUUAGCCGAAGAGCAACGUAUACGCGAAGAAGAGCUCAGUCGUUUAGCUGAAAUCGAGAAACAAGCCGCUGAAGAACAGGAAGCGGAACUGGCUCGCCAAGCAGCUGAACUAGCGGAAAUAGCUCGUCAAGAAUCCGAAAUUGCCGCCCAAGAGUUGCAAGCCAUGCAGCAAGAAGCUAAAGAAAAAGCUGUCGCCGAACCUGAGCAAACCACCACUGCCGCAAAUGAAACUGCCGAGCCAAUUGUCGAAGAACCUGUUUCGCCAACAACAGCAACAGUCACUGCCGGAGAAGAGAUUUAUCAGGAAGAGCCAAUCAUUGACUUGACAGUUAGUGGUGGAGAUGCCGGUGAUUAUGAUAACGAUAUGGAGAGUGAGGAAGCCGAUGAAGAAGAUGAAUAUGACGAGUAGUUCAACACUGUCGUUUGUCAUCGCUAUACACCUAAAUACACCUAAGCACGCACACGAAAUACACGAGAAACAUGUAUACGCAAAUAUCUCCACACCUAUACACACACACACACACACAC